UUAAAAAAGAUAUGUAUCGCAGGGGUAAUGUUUGAAUUUUUCAAUUUAUCAUCUCACGGGCCAAAUAGUAGUAUCGUAUUGUUGUACUGUCGCCGAUUUAGAAGGAACCUUAAAGUACAAACAAACUGAGAUUCCUAAAGUGUGUUGAUGUACGGUGUAUAGUAUGUAAAUAUUUGUGUAAUUAUUUGUUUACUAAUAUUUAAAGUAUUUUAAUCAUUACGUGAUAUGGCUAAGCAUCAUCCAGAUUUAAUCUUUUGUAGGAAACAGCCAGGUGUUGCUAUUGGACGAUUAUGCGAGAAGUGUGAUGGUAAAUGCGUAAUUUGUGACUCCUAUGUAAGACCAUGUACUCUGGUCAGAAUUUGUGACGAAUGCAAUUAUGGAUCUUAUCAAGGCAGAUGUGUUAUCUGUGGAGGUCCUGGUGUUUCAGAUGCCUAUUACUGCAAAGAAUGUACAAUUCAAGAAAAGGAUAGAGACGGGUGUCCGAAGAUCGUAAAUCUUGGAAGUUCAAAGACAGAUUUGUUCUAUGAAAGAAAGAAAUAUGGAUUCAAGAGAAGAUAAGAUUCGUGUAAACACAUUUUAUCCAGGGGCCACUCAUUUUUGCGGGCAGCCUGUUGCAUGAUGGCGGUCAAAAAUGAUUGGGGACUGAAGAAACCACCCAGCCACACCGAUGGUGGUAACUAUGUGAAAAGAUUCUAAUUUUAUUAUGAAUCGUUUGUUUAUUGAACUUAAUUCAUUUAUAGGUAUUUAUAUGUACUAUAAUAGUCUAUGUGUACUGUUAUAUAGAGGCAUAUUUUGGAGAAAGAAGAUAGCGAUUAACGAGUUUAAACAAAGUGAAACCUUACAUUAAAAUCUGAAGACCAGCUGGAUAAUUCGGAUAUCCUGUUCAACAUGUCUGAAUACCAUCCGGUUAAUCCUAAGCUUGAAGGAUACGCUUUUAGUGUCCAAGAUGGUGGAACGAUAUCUAUCAGAAUAUAAUUUUGCAGAUCCUCCAUGUCAGCGUUAAUCGUCAAUUCUCCCUGUCAUAACAUACAGUAGUAUUAUACUUUAUAUAGAAAGACAGUAUUCGCAGAUACUCGAACAGUAAUCGCUACCUUUAAAC